AUGAACUGGUCGGUGUUUGAGGGGCUGCUCAGCGGGGUCAACAAGUACUCCACAGCCUUCGGCCGCAUUUGGCUCUCCCUCGUCUUCAUCUUCCGCCUUCUGGUCUACGUGGUGGCAGCCGAGCGCGUCUGGAGCGACGACCACAAAGACUUUGACUGCAACACGCGGCAGCCGGGCUGCACCAACGUCUGCUACGACCACUUCUUCCCUGUCUCCCACAUCCGCCUGUGGGCCCUGCAGCUCAUCCUGGUCACCUGUCCCUCGCUGCUGGUCAUCAUGCACGUGGCUUACCGCGAGGCCAAGGCUCAGCAGCACCGCGCCGAGCGGGGGGACGGAUACCGCUCCCGCUUCCCCAACCCCGGCAAGAAGCGAGGCGGGCUGUGGUGGACGUACCUGUUCAGCCUCAUCAUCAAGGCUGGCGUGGACCUGGUUUUCCUCUACAUCUUCUACCGCUUCUAUAGGAACUACACCCUGCCCCGCUUGGUGAAGUGCCAGCUGCCCCCCUGCCCCAACGUCGUGGACUGCUUCAUCUCCCGGCCCACUGAGAAGACUAUAUUCACCCUCUUCAUGGUGGUCACCACCUGCAUCUGCAUCGUGCUCAGCCUGGUGGAGGCUGCCUACCUGAUUGGGAAGCGGUGUCGGGAGAGCCUGCAGGCUGGCACCAGGGAGAGCCACCGGAACAGCCAUGACUGUGCCGAGCCUGCAAGCACAGAGGGACAGGUGUUCCAUGGGGUGGGAUACAAAGCCCCCAGUGCCUCCAUCCCUACCACCUCCAUCCCUACAACCUCCAUCCCCACAGCCUCCAUCCCCACCACAAUGCCCGAGCAGGAGAAGAGUCCUUCCUAG